AUGGCAGAAGCUACUAAUCAAGUCGCCGUUGCGAAUGGCCAUGAAAAUGAGGACAACAAUGACCAUCUUAUACAGUCCUCAGAUCCCCAACAUCCAGCAAACCUGAUCCCAGAGAUGUGCCGGAAGUUCUACACUUGGGGAUGGGUCACUGGCACUGGAGGCGGGACGUCCAUUCGUCAUGGCGAUCACAUUUUCAUUGCCCCAUCCGGCGUGCAAAAGGAGUUGAUACAGCCUGAAAAUAUGUUCGUGAUGCAGUUCCCGACCCCCAAAUACCCACCUUCCGAGAGGAAAUAUAUCCGCAAACCCAAGAACUUAAAGCCAUCCGACUGUACGCCUUUAUUCCUCACGGCAUUCGAGCGCGGGGCCGGAUGCUGCAUCCAUACACACUCUCAAUGGGCUGUGCUUGUGACAUUGUUGGUGGAGCGCGAAUACGGAAAGGAGGGCUACUUCGAGAUCAGCAAUAUCGAGCAGAUUAAGGGUAUUCCCAAAGGAAAAGGAAAGGGAAUGCACAACUAUCACGAUACGCUGCGAAUUCCUAUUAUUGAAAACACCCCUUUCGAGGAGGACCUUACCGAAGGGCUUGAGAGAGCCAUCAAUGCCAACCCGGAUACUUAUGCGGUGUUGGUUCGUCGUCAUGGAAUCUAUGUCUGGGGUGAUACUCCGGCCAAGGCAAAGACUCAGUGCGAGAGUCUGGACUGGCUCUUCCAACUUGCCGUGGAGAUGCACAAAUUGGGGCUCCCAUGGGAUAUCAACAAGACAAAAUAA